GGAAACAUGGCGUCGCACUGAUAGCCUGGAGACUGCCGUUAUCUUUUCCAGGCACUGACACAGCGGCUUGGUCGCUACUAGAGCCACCUUCAUUUAAAUUUAAGCCGUGACGUAGGGUCACUAGAGAUGCAGUCUUCGCCUUGAGAACGCUGUCUUUUAAACGGUGCGGUGUAAUAACGGCUUUAGUAGCGCUGUCACGCCCACUCUGCUCGGUAACGUUAAAACGAUACCGCACGGUAAGUUAGCUCCGCUCCGGCUAACCGAGACAGCCAGCUAGCAGCCGCUGUUAGCAUGACAGCAGUGUAUUAUGAGGAGGACCUGCCCCUGCUGCUCGUUCACUGCCUGCCUGUCUUCUGUUAGCUUUCAGACUAGCACAGCAGUCUGCCCUGUCAGACCCCACAGUGAGACAAAACGGUGACAUUAAGGGCCGUUAUGUUAUUGGAGAUCCCUAUCUGGCUGAAUAGGGCGUUUCUGUCAUUCUGUCUCUGAAUUUUUAAUGUUCGACCCUUUUGGCAUCACUGUUGGAGGAGAGAGCGAUGGGCUCCGGGGCUGUGGAUUCGUCCCAGUGGCUUUCGGUAAAGGAGGAGACUAUAUUUCUCCACGACGGACUCAUUCGGGUCACAGACUUGGCCGAGCUACCCAGUGAAAUUGGAGUGUCGGAACAGGGGGACGCCGAGCAAGAGAUUCUCACAUUUGAGACAAAGAACCCCGUCGAGCUCGCCGAACGUCUGCGUGCUGUCUGUGGGAAUCAGAGCAACGCGUAUGCCCGUCUGCUGGAGUACCGUCUCAAUGCUCUGCGUGGCUUGUGGGGUGCGCAGCGGCAGCUGGCCUUGGAGGAGCAGCAGGAUAGAGAGGGGACUGGAGGGGCUGAUGAGGAGACUUUGGCCUUGCUCAAAAGACAAGGUCUGCUGCAGCAGCCUGAGCAGGCGCCCUUCACCUCCCGGGUCGGUCUGCUGCUGGUCUUCCCCCUUUUGCAGUCCCAAACGCGGAGUGAUCCAGCACUCUGCGGCGUCACCGCAGAGGUGCUGCUAGCCUGCCUCCGGGACUGCCAGCCGCUCAGCCUCAGCAAAGAGCCUGCCGACUGCCUAAAUGGUUUGGAGGGGCUGUUGUGCUCCUGGCUGGAAGAUGGUACCCAGGACUCGGGUCUGCCUCAAGGGCAGUCUCGGUCACAGAUUCUACACACACAGAGGCAGAGGGAAAAUGCUGCCGCUGCACUUGUGGCGCUAGCAUGUGCCAGGGGCUCCCUGAAGACCCUCAUCCACACAGUUCACCUGCUGCAGAAACAAACCGAUCUGGGCCAACUCCCUGUGUCAGAUGUCCUUUACAGACUUUUACUCCUUGAAGGAGGCCCUGGCUCUCCAUCCUGCCUCUUGGGGGGGAAACACAGUGUGUCCUGGGGUUUUGAGGAUAUGUUGCCCACACCUGAUAAUUCUGCAGGAGGAGCAGAGAAUAAAGACACAGACCUAGGGCGCUGUCUGGCUACAGACGGACUAUAUCUAUAUACCACAAAUUCCUCUGGGAGAGGGCUCAGCAAGCUUGGCUCUGGUUUACAUGGGACACUGAGGGGCUUUGUGUAUUGUCGAAAUGAAGAAUUGGAGCCUGGUUGGGUGGUGUUCUGCAGCGGCCGCCUCCUCCACCGUCCCUCCUCUUUUGAUGCCAAGCCUCAUCAACUGUGCCAGGUCGUUGACCCCUUCACCCUCCAGGUGUGCCAGAUUGUGCCCAUGCCAGCCCACCACUUCCCUGUGGGCAGCAGCAUGACCACGCUGCACCUCUGCUCAGAUGGAACCUACCUGUACUGGGUCUGGUCUCCAGCAGGUCUCAACGAGAAGACACAGAAGGGCCACUCUGUCUUCAUGGAUGUCUUUCAUCUGUCGACACAGACGGGGUUGUGUGUCGCAGACGUCUUGCAGGAAAGGGUUAUCCUUACUCGGAAAGAGGGCGAGUCUUCCAAGUGCUUGAAUGAACUCCUCUUGAGUCGAAUGUCACGCUUUCGGGCCUCCCAUUCUGCCACAUUGGCUGCUCUCACAGGCUCUGCAAUCACCAACACUGUCAAAGAGGAACAGUCUGCUGUCAACACAAGCUGCGGACUCCCUCUGAAGACUUUGAGGAAGACCCCAAUGUAUGUGUGCGGAACCUAUCUUGUCAUGCUUGUUUCACCUCCCGGUGUGUCUGGGAGCUCUGCCACUCGCUCCUUAUUUGGAGGUACCAGCAGCCUCUCCUCUCUUAAAAUUCUAGCUUCCAGUUUGGUCUUCAGCCUGGCUGAUGGUCAGUUCAGCAGCCGCGCAGACCUCAUUGAUGCUCCAGGCAGUUCUCUCGGCAGAGGAGCCCAGGUGGCUGGGCUAGGAGCAUGUUAUGAUGCACUGAACAACUUGAUCUGGACCUGCUCCAGUGAUUACAUAGAUCAGUGGUGCAAUCCUGGAAACCAGGCCUUUCAUCAUGUGUGCCAUAGGCUCGGUGUAAGCCAUGUCAUCAAGGAGCCCAAAGAGGAAACAGUGGCCACUGGCGAGGUGAUCAACCAGGUACUCCAUCAUGUAGGUGCUAUGUGUAUCCACCAGCUCAACCUGUUGGCAGCCAGCAGUAACAGUUUGCCCCUGGGAGCCCUACUGGGUAAACAACAGCCCAUUGAAGCUCGUCUCUUGAGCAGCAUCUGUGAUAUUAUGGAGAAGGCCAUGGUGAAUGGAGAUACUUGCAUCAUCCGCUGCAUCUUGGUGGUGUUCCAGGUGGUGUUUAGGUUUUUCAAUCCUCAGUCUGAGCAGAAUAGGGACAGUGUGCGUCGCUCAGGACUACUCCUGUGGCAGCUACUCAUGGCUCCAGUGGAUCAGAUAGGAGCAGAAAUUCAGAGAGAGGUGUGCUUGGCCAUCAGCUCAGGCCUAAAUACUUUAUAUCAGGGUGAGGCUGAACUCAACAAACUGCUAAAACUGGUUCUAACAGAAGGUGAAAGAAACAGUGGUUUGUCUCAACUUCGGGACGUCAUCCUGACCAACUUUGCAGACCAUCUGCAGAAGAAUAGAUUUGGUAGUGAAGAAGACGACUACUACAUAUUAAACGAUGAGCUGCUGCAUUAUGUCCUCAAGACUGUUGUUCGGGAAUCAUGCCUCCUCAUCACCAAAUGCCAGACUGUUGCCAGAGAUGACUUCCAGAAGCUGCUCUCCACUGUGCCAGUGGUCUCACCUAGUCUGCGCUACCUCAUGGCUGUUCAAAACCACCUCCUCAGUAACACCAUUCUAAUCCGUCCAGAUGAUAAUGAUGACAGUGACAGCUCCCUACAGGGGGAAACAUUGAAGGUACAGGAACUGCAAAGCAGCAUCCUGUCGCUAGCAACAAAAAUUCUGGUGGGAUGUGAUGAAGUCUUGGAGACCCUGCAGCAGGUCACUACAGCUCUGAUAAACAGUGACAUACAUGACAGAGAGACCAGGUUAAAGGGUCUAGAACAGAUAACUAAGGCUACUAUGCUUGGGCAUCUGCUGCCUGUGCUGCUCACUUCUCUGAUGCACCCCAACCUGCAGACGUUAACCCUUGCUGAUGCCCUCAUGCCUCAGUUGGUACAGCUGGUGCUCUAUACCAGCCAGACUGCUCUCUUACUGAAGACUCAGUCUCUGCUUUUCACUGAAGAGCCUCCACAUGCAAGUGGUUCUCAAGGGCAGGGAACAAAGUUAUGCACUGCUGAUGACAAAAUCCUUGAUGAACGUGAAGAACCAGGUUUUCUGACUGGACUUAAGAUUCCUGCUCCAUGGGCUGCCGGGAAAACAGUUGAGACUGUGCAUCCUGUCAGGGAUAAUUACAAGUUCAAAGAGACGGUACACAUCCCAGGAGCCCGCUGCCUAUACCUCCGCUUUGAUUCUCGCUGCUCCUCACAGUAUGAUUAUGACAAGUUGGUAAUCUAUGCUGGUCCCAACACCAAUAGUCGUAAAGUAGCAGAGUAUGGAGGUAACACACUGGGGUAUGGUAGCCGCAGUGUGUUGGGGACAGGAUGGCCCAAAGAUCUUGUCAAGGUUGAAGGAGACACUGUUACCUUUUCUUUUGAGAUGCGAAGUGGACGUGAGCACAACACACCUGAUAAAGCCAUGUGGGGGUUCUCCUGCACUGUCAGAGCUCAGGAGUCUUCUGAGGACGUCUCUGGAGGCCUCCCCUUUCUUGCAGACCUUGCACUGGGCCUGUCAGUGCUGGCUUGCUCAAUGCUCCGAAUCCUGUAUAACGGCCCUGAGGUGACUCGAGAGGAGGAAGCGUGCCACGAUUUGCUUUGCUCAAAGCUGCUCCAAAGGUGUCAGUGGCAGGUAGAAGCAAAUGGUGCCAUUUCUCCUGCUCUCACACCAAGCCCUUCACCCCUGCCACUCACAAUAGAAGAGGAUCGGGAGUUCAUCUACCCCGCUGAUGUGCUAAUCCCACCUCCAGGCCUUAUGCCGGGGACCUACUUUGACUUGCCUCGUAUCCGUCUUCCACCAGGAAUCAUGAGUAGGCUGAGGGAAGUGUCCGGAAGGGCUCGACCACAGUUCCGUCCCAGUAUCAAGGAGGUAAUCCGACCAGAUGUCAUGGAAGAGGUUAUUGUAUCCUGUGUCAUAAAACAUCUGAGUCUGGUGGAUUCCCUUCAGUCUCUUGUCAACUACCAAUACCGUGAAGAUCACGCAGAGGAAUAUGACCUGGUCUGUAAGAUCAUGGCUGAAACCUUCAAGAAGGUCAAUGCAAUGGAGCGUCAGCUGCAAAGUGUGGCAGAAUUGGAGCAGAAGUGGCAGAAUGAGGUAGAGGAGGCCCAACAAGGAAAACUGGAGAAUAACUCUCCCUUCUUUCACGACUACCACUUUUUUGAGAACAAAAUGAAGGAGCUGGAAUUACUCUGCUCUUUAAAAGAGGUCCCAUUUGACUUUGGUGACUUGGAAAAUGUUGUCCUUGCACUGAGGCAAAAGUUCUUCCAUGAGGUGAACAUCUCACAUACAAGAAGCAGCACCCCACUUGCUAAAACAAAAACACUGGUCAAGAGUUUGAUGAACCGCUCUGAGCUGCUUCUCCACGUUACCAUCGCUCCACAUUGCAGGAGCCUGACAGAGACAACUGCUGGGACAUCGGGCCCAGCCUCUAAAUCCGUGUCAGAUGCCAAGACGGUGAUCCCCUUGGUCAAGCAGCCUGUUUUCUUACGCAGUAUGUCUGCCCCCUCUGAUUUGGAGAUGAUUGCUAGCCAGGACUUGGAGUUUACUCAUGCUCCACAGAGAAGGCGACAGCACCCAACUAGUCACCGUAGCAGUUCAUUUACCUUGCUGCAGUCUCUUGCCAUAGAGGACAGUCGAGAUAAGCCAACAUACAGUGUGCUGCUGGGACAACUCUUCGCCUUUAUUGGGACUACACCUGAUCAGGCUGUGUCGAGCAGCAGUUUUCUGUCGGCUGCACAGACACGGUGGAGACGAGGCAGCACACGGAAACAAGCACUUGUUCACAUGAGGGAGCUUCUCACUGCUGCAGUUAGAGUGGGUGGGGUCACGCAUUUGGUGGGUCCUGUCACUAUGGUGCUGCAGGGUGGUCCAAGGAUUGAAGAACUAACCUGUGGUGGAAUGGUAGAACAUGUUCAGGAGGCCUUUGGAGAGACUAUGACAUCUGUAGUGUCUCUGAGUGAAGAGCAGUGCCUUGUUCGGAGUGGUCUUGUUCAGCUUUUGGAUAGCUUGUGUAGUUUGAGCGGCCAGAGAGAAUGCAGCUCUAAUGAGAAGCAAACCAAGAAGCAGAGGGUGGCCACAAUGGCUUGGGCAGCCUUUCAGGUGCUUGCCAACCGGUGUAUCGAGUGGGAAAAGGUUGAAGGGGGGUCUACAGAUGCAGUUCAUUCUGGUCUGGCAAGGCAAGUAUCUAGUCUGCUCACCAAUCACCUAGCCAGAGCAACAGAAUGCUGUGGGAAUCAGGCAGCUGGAAAUGAUGCUUUACAGGAUGUGCUCAGUCUUCUAAAUGAUCUUUCAAGGAGCCACAUAGGAAAAGCCAUCCUGAGCCAGCCUGCCUGUGUUUCUAAGCUUUUGUCACUGCUGCUUGACCAGAGGCCAUCUCCAAAGCUAGUACUUAUCAUCCUUCAAUUAUGCCGAGCUGCGCUGCCUCUCAUGAGCGUGGAGGACUGUGGUAAUGUGGCUUUGCCUUCGUGGAGCUACUCUAUAAACACCCUUGAUGCAGAACAACAGGAUGCCAGUGACCCGGCCUCACGUAUUGCUGCCUUACUGUUAGCUAAGCUAGCAGACUAUGUCGUACCAGGCUGUCAGACCCUUCUCUCUCCCAGCGCCUCUGAGCCAGACACAAGUCUGUCUCGUGCCAGUUCCAAAGGAGCUCUCAAGUCUGAGGAUGUUGGGGAGGAGGCAGAAGCUGUAGAUGGGAAGCUGUCAAUUUUUAUCCACAAAAGAGAGGAUCAGUCCUCCCAUGAAGUUCUUCAACCGCUUCUUAGCAGCUCUGAGGGACGUCCUUUUCGGCUUGGCACCGGAGCUAACAUGGAAAAGGUGGUAAAAAUGGACAGGGAUAUGACAAAGAAUGGGAACUGUGAGGUGAUCACGGAAGAGGCAUCUGCGGCCCUAAGGAAGGCCAACAAGUGGGCUCAGUCUGGCCUGAUAGUGAGUGUUGGUCCACCUGUGGAAGCUUUGGCUCAAGAAACUGCAGGCGGCGUUACAACCGGCGAUAAGAAGAAAACUGCUCAGACUGCUGUUUGCAGGGACAGGAAUGCAGAGUUGGCCAGGUCAGACCCUGUCCGGCCUUUUAUCAGUGGUCAUGUUGCCAACAGUAUGGCUGCUGAGGUUAUUGCCUUGCUGCAUAGUCUGCUCACAGCUCCAGAGUCCAACACUGCACAGAUCUGGACGAGCACUGUGGAAAAAGUGCUCUCCCAUGCACUGAUGUUUAUCCCUCAGCUUGGAAAGUAUGCUGAGAGUAUCUUAGAGAAUGGGAGCAGCAGUGGCAGAAAACUGGCUAAACUCCAGGCUAUUGGCAGACAGGCUGUUGCUGCGCUAUGUGCACUUGGGGGCUUCAAAGAAACUAUUAAGAUUGGUUCUGAAGUUCAGGUAAUAGGGAAAGGAGUCCUUGGGAGUGUGGGCAUAGUUAUGUCCAUAAAUGAACAGGAGGGAAUUGCUACUGUCAAGUUUCCUUCCUGUGAGUACAGGAGAACUUGCAAAGCGUCGGACAUCCUUACAGUACCAAUAUCACGCCUCAGCACUCCCAGAUCUGAGGCCCUGCCUCUCUACAAGCUGUCAAUCACAGAAAAGGUGGUACAAGCAGUGCAGUCUAUGCUCCUGCCACAGGAGGGCAGUCUCUCUAUUCACACUUCUCUACCAGCCACUGGAGAUGGCUCCAACCCAGUCAUGGCUGCAGUGCGGCUUCUAGCUGAAAUCAGAACCAGAGCUUGCCUGGUGAUGGCACAGCUAUUGGAGGACAGUUCAUUUUGUGAGGAAUUCAUUCAGCAGUGUCCAGCUGCUGUUGAGGUUCUCAACCUGGUUGCCCAGGAGUGCAGCCCUGGAGAACGUCUCAGCAUGGUUGAGGCUCAGUGUGAAAGAGUUAGGAUGUUGUACCGGGACUGUGCUCGGCCACCCCCUCCACCGCUGCAGACGGACAGGCGCCAGCCCAAAGAAAUCACUUGGUGUCCAUCCAGAGUGUUCCCACCUGUCCGUGCCUGCAUGUUUUCGUCCCGUCUCACCUCUGUCACCUUCUUGGCUGAUCCAAGUGCUGGAGGAGGGCUGCCCCGAGGAACUUUUAUCUAUGCCACUUUUCCUGUACCAGUUCAGGCACCAUCUUUUUACUGGGAGAUAGAAAUUGUCUCCUAUGGAGACUCUGAGGAGGACAGUGGCCCAAUUGUGUCCUUUGGUUUUGCCACGGAGGCAGAGAAGAGAGAUGGUGCAUGGACCAACCCUGUUGGCACGUGUUUGUUUCAUAAUAACGGUAGAGCGGUUCAUUAUAAUGGUUCCAGUUUACUGCAGUGGAAGAGUGUUAGACUGGAUGUGGCUCUACUUCCUGGUGAUGUGGCUGGCAUUGGCUGGGAACGUUCUGAGGGGACUCCUCCACCUCCUGGUCAGGCUCCCAAAGGCAGGGUCUACUUUACAUACUGCGGCCAGCGGCUCAGCCCUGCUCUUGAUGAUGUAUCAGGUGGAAUGUGGCCCCUGGUACACAUUCAAAAGAAGAACUCAAAGAUUCGUGCUAACUUUGGAAACCGGCCAUUCGCGUACGCAGAAGGCCAAGCCCACAGGAAUGCGGCUGACCUGUGUGUGGACCUGGCAGAAGAAAUAAGUGCAAACUUUGAAGCACUUCCCUUUGCUAUGGCUUCAGACAGUGACAAUGAUGCCGGUGCAAGUGUGACGUCUGACUCUGGCUCCCAUGGACCACCUUGUCGCAUCGCAGCUGUUGCAGUUGCUCAGCAACAGUACAACAGUGACCUGUCAUGCUACUAUAAGGUGGAACUAAGUUACGAGAACCUUGUCACCUCUGGGCCUGACCCACACCCCCCUCCAAUAGCAGACGACGAGAGUGAUGAUGAGGAUGACGACGAUGUUCCAAGGGAGGAUCACUAUGCUCUUCUGGUGAAGGCCUGGGAAACUAAAGUGUUCCCUACAAUUCGGAGGCGGUUCCGUAAUGAGGCAGAGAGGAAAUCUGGCUUGGACCAAAUCAAGGGAGCUCUUCAGCUGGGCAUGGUUGACAUUGCAAGACAGACAGUGGAGUUCCUGUAUGAGGAGAAUGGUGGCAUUCCCCGUGAUCUCUACCUCCCAACUAUUGAGGACAUUAAGGAUGAAGCCAACAAGUUCACUAUUGACAAAGUUCGCAAAGGGUUGACCGUGGUCAUCCGCUGUCCUGACAGCAACAAUACCAGCAGCGCCACAGGGGCAACAGCACUGCCCAAAUUUGCCAUCAGAGGAAUGUUAAAGACUUUUGGUUUGCACGGGGUUGUGCUGGAUGUAGACUCUGCAAAUGAACUGGUGCAGGUGGAAACGUACCUGCGCAGUGAGGGUGUGCUGGUGAGAUACUGGUAUCCUAUUGAGAUGCUUGAACGCCCUCCAGCUGGGUCUCGGCGCACUGCGGCUAAUGGCUUGGUCUCAUUGGACAGUAGCAACAUUCAGAUUCAUAGGGAACUUCUCCGCUGUGAGAGCGCGCUGGCACGGCUAUACUGCCGUAUGGCCUUGCUGAACAUCUUUGCCCCCAAAAAUCCCCACACGUUCACUCGUCUCUUCCACAUCCCUGCUAUCCGUGACAUCACUUUGGAACACCUGCAGCUUCUAUCAAAUCAACUGCUGGCACCCCACUUACCUGAUGGCACCAUUAGUUCUAGUUCUAUUCUUUUGGCCCAGUCAGUGCUUCACAACCUUGAGGGCCAAAGCUGCUCUCCCACAGACCUGUUUUACCAGGGCAAUGCCCAGCCCAUCCGGGAGUGGCUGACCGUGGCUAUCACCCGUGCCUUGCAUCAAGGAGAAGAGAGUUUACUGGAGCUCACAAAGCAGAUCUGCUGCUUCCUGCAGAAUGCACCCGAACAAUUUACAUCUGAAGAGUUCCCCGUGACAGAGUCAAAGGUUAGCAUGGAUGUCAGUUUUCCAGGCGCUGCAUUUGUGAUUGUUUCAUGCAAAGAAAGUCAGCUGGGCUGCCGCAAAGAUUCAAGCCUGUACAAAGCCCCGUGGGCUCGAGUCAUGGUUUAUGGCCUGGGUCACAAAGUGCGUAGAAAUGGUCAACUAAAUCUGAUGGAGGCUGUGUGUUAUCCUCUGGAUGCCUCGCCUACCAACACAGGCCUUACUCCCCCUCCCACCACCAACCAAUACCCAUCUGUUAUCAUCCCCACUGAUAAAGUGCACAUCAAACUGGGGGUGUCACCCCCUCCUGGUGCUGUAGUUGUGCUACACUCCCUGCCACUAGAGUUUCCACUUGCCAUGGCAUUUGCUGAACAACUGUUGACAUGGAAACUGGGGGAGAGCUGUGAUCGAUCAGAGGAUGAGCUGGAAACUGUGCCCUCAUCAGUGCUGCUGCAAGUGGUAGAGCUUCUAGGUGGCUUGCUAUGGACCACUGAUCUGGCUCCCUCCAUCAAAGAACUCGUCUUUCACUUGUUAGCUGAACUUUUACGAAAGAUCCACCAUUUAGAGCAGCGCAAGAGCCCUGCUGGCCUUUCCAGCUCCAUUGCUCUUCUACUCAACCCCUGCCUGGCAGUGCUCAUGGCCCUGCAGACAGAACUUCGAAAACUAUAUGACAGAGAAACUCAGGGAUGGACGGCUGGAGGGGCCGGAGCUGGGGGAUCUUCAUCUGGAGGCGUUGCUUUGGCACUGGGGGCCGAGCAGAGCCGGUUCUCCACUUACUUUCAUGCUCUGAUGGAAGUGUGUCUGGCUGUAGCAGAGGUCACACUUCCCCUAAAUGUUGGCAGCUCGUCAGUGGGAGCCCUGUCCUCAACUAGUGCCCCUAACCUUAGUGACUCGUCUUCAUCCUCCUCAUCGUCUCCGGGCCAGACACCACAGAGCCCCAGUCUGUUAUCCAAACGGAAGAAGGUGAAGAUGAAGCGCGAGAGAGCUGCAGCCGCAGUAGCAGCCGUGGUGUCUGGAAAACGGGGAAGCGGAGGUGCGAGGCUGUCGGAGAGUGACAGUGCUCUGCUUAACAUGGCAGGUAGUAAACCUGAGGACAUGCUGUGGUUCCAUCGCUGUCUCACUCUCCUGAUGAUCCUGAGACAUCUUGCCAACAAGGACCCUCAAGGUUUAAGCGUAACCAGCGAUGCGGUAACGGAUGCCUGUCAGGCGCUGGUGGGGCCCACAGCACAUAGUCGCCUCCUGGUCCUCUCAGGGAUCCCCACACACCUGGAGGAGGCUGUGGUUCGGAAUGCUAUCCGCAGAGCUUGCAAUGCGCAUGGAGGGCUCUUCAAAGAUGAGGUCUUCAUCCCUCUACAGGAAGAGGAUCCAAAGAAGAAAACAGGAGCUGGCAUGUCGAGCCCCCAGGAUGGCAAAGUGGGUCCUGAACCUGAAAGAAACUUCCCCAACAGCGGAGGUCCAGAGAGUCCUGACAGCUCCAGCAGCGUCACUCCAGCAAUGAGUGUGAGCGCCUCAGCUUCUACCAGCCAGACCUCCAUUUGCAGCUCAUCGCAAGGGGUCUCCCGCACUGCCAGCGAACUGUCUGUUGAUCAGGAGCUUUUAGCUGUUCCACCUCUCACACCCGCUGCUGCUUCUGCUGUUACAUACCCUCAACAGGGUCCUCAAGACUCGCAGACAGUGUCUAGUCAGGAAAGUCUAGAUACUUCCCUGUGUAGCACAGGAAGCCUGGGGAGUAUAGGCAGCUUUGGAGAGCCUCUCGACAGCGCCGAAACUCCUUCCGCGUCAGAAGGCGGCUCGAUGCACACAGUCACCUCCCUAGAGAGCAAUGCAGUCGAGGCCAGGCCCAUCAAGGGCUACGCUGUCAUAGAGGUUCGCUCUCGGGCCAAGGUGGAAAAAAUUCGAGCUAGUCUUUUCAACAGCAGUGAUCUAAUUGGCUUGUCAAGUCUGGAAGGUGAAGAGGAGCUAAUGGAGCUGACCAACGAGGAGAUCCUCACCGCUUCGAGUGUUAACCAAAGCCUGUUCGACACACAGGGCAGCUCUGCACUGGAGGACUACUUCUUGGACAAGUCAAUCAAAGGUGACAAACUUGUGCCUGGAGCACGAGAUGUCCUUGCAGAUAUUUUCAAGAGCUGUGUGCACUCGGAGCAGAUGCUCAGCCUCACGCCGGCCAAGCCUGUUAAAGUGUCUGACAUUUACCUUAGCAAGGAGCAGAUCAACUCUCAGACACCAGGCAACCUCCUGCAUACUUUCUUCACCAAUGUUCGUGCUCCCAAGAAAGUGCUGGAAGACCAACUUACCCAGAUUCUUAGAAAGUAUGGAACUCUCAAGCCAAACAAGAACAAAUACAGCAAGGCAGGAAAAGAGCAGCAUCAAGCUAAGGUAGUCAGCACAAAGAGACCCAUUACCAAGCCUCCCACCAAGGAAAAGUCUGUGCUCAACAGUGUCAGAACUGCCCUGAGUGAGAAGAAGAGUGUCUUGAAACCAAAAUCCCCGGAGAAAUCUCGACCUGAUGACAAAGAUGUUGAAAAAUCUCCCGCUAAAAAAACUGAAGACGAGAGGUACCUAACACUGGAAGGUUUUCAUAAGUUUGCAGUUGAUCGUGCUAAGCAGGACAUCCGCAGCCUAUGGAGGGCCAUUUUAGCGUGUGGUUAUGACCUUCACUUAGAAAGGUGCACCUGCAUAGACACUCGUCAUGCCCAAAAGGCCAGUCGAAAGUGGAGCUUGGAAAUGGAUGUGGCUUUGGUUCAGUAUGUCAACAGACUGUGCCGCCACCUGGCUAUCACACCCGCCAGACUGCACCCCCAUGAAGUGUACCUGGACCCAAGUGAUGCUGCAGAUCCUCGCGUGGGUUGCCUGCUCAAUGUGCCUGUGGAGAGCUUGCGCCUACGCUUUGCUUUGCUACAGUCCCUGAACAACUCUCUAGAAAGUUUCUUCCUUCCACUAGUGGAGCUGAGACAGACGUAUACGUAUCAGAACAGUAUUGCAUCGCUGUUAUCUGAGGCGAAAGGUCUGAUCUUCUACGACACAAAGGUCACUGUAAUGAACAGAGUGUUGAAUGCCACCGUGCAGCGAACAGCAGAUCAUGCUGCUCCAGAGAUUACACUAGACCCUCUAGAAAUUGUGGGAGGUGAGAUCCGAUCAUCAGAGAACACAUAUUUCUGCCAGGCAGCGCGCCAGCUGUCUUGUGUGCCAUCGUCCCAGCUCUGUGUGAAACUUGCUAGCGGAGGCGACCCAACCUAUGCUUUCAACAUCCGCUUCACUGGAGAAGAAGUUCAUGGCACAAGUGGUUCCUUUAGACACUUUCUGUGGCAGGUGUGUAAGGAGUUACAGAGCUCUGCACUCUCCCUGUUGCUCCCCUGUCCCAGUGCCGCAGCCAAUCGUAACAAGGGGAAACAUAUCCUGACUCCUUGCCCUAUCAGCUAUGCAGAAGAACAGCUGUUGCAGUUCUUAGGUCAACUUCUUGGCAUAGCCAUUCGCGCAGAUGUGCCACUUCCUUUGGACUUGUUAGGCUCCUUUUGGAAGGGCCUGGUGGGCGAACCUCUUGACCCAGAGCAGGACCUGCAGGAAGCUGACAUGCUCACUUACAACUAUGUCAAGAAAUUUGAAAAUGUGACAGAUGAGAGUGAGCUGGAGGCCCUGUGUGCCGAAAUCUCCUCCCAGCACCAUUCAGGUGAAAGCCCAGAUUCCCCAAGCCGGCCCUGCUGCACAUUUACCUAUGUCACUAUGACUGGUGAAGAGGUGGAGCUUUGUCAGGGAGGGCACAGCCUCAUUGUCAGCUGGGAGAACAAGGAUGUGUAUGCACGGGCAGUGCGGAGCCUUCGUCUGAGGGAGCUGCAGAAUGUGGAAUGUAUGACGGCAGUGCGAGCAGGGCUCAGCUCCAUCAUUCCCCUCCAGCUGCUCACCAUGCUCAGCCCCAUAGAGAUCGAGUUGCGCACUUGCGGUUUGCCCUACAUCAACCUGGAGUUCCUCAAGGCUCACACCAUGUAUCAAGUUGGCCUGAUGGAGACAGACCAGCACAUCGAGUUCUUUUGGACCGCCCUGGAGAUGUUCACUCAGGAAGAGCUCUGCAAGUUCAUCAAGUUCGCGUGCAACCAGGAGCGCAUCCCGUUCACUUGCCCCUGCAAGGACGGGGGGCCAGAUACCGCCCACGUUCCCCCAUACCCCAUGAAGAUCGCCCCUCCUGACGGCGCUGCAGGUCAGCCAGACUCACGCUACAUUCGAGUGGAGACUUGUAUGUUCAUGGUGAAACUGCCCCAGUACACUUCUUUGGAUGUGAUGCUGGAGAAACUGCGCUACGCCAUCCACUACCGCGAGGACCCUCUGAGCGGCUAAGGAGACUUGACAACUUGACAUUCCCAACAUUUCCCCCUUGUUUUCAGCAUCUUCCAGCUGUCCUGGACCUCCGUCUGAAACUGGCCACCAAAUGCUCUUCUGCAACAACAAGCCACAAAGUCAAUAAAAUAGAAUUUUUUUGUCUGGUGGCAGUUAACGUUUUGCAUUUUUGUUGCAGUGUUCUGCAAAUCCUGCAUAUCAUGCUUAUGCUUGACCGAUUUUCUUUUAGGGAAUUCAGGGAUGAUGAGCUGGAUCAGGACAGGCAAUGCUCAAAAGUCUGAUCCAGCUGCACUGAGAUUGAAAACGGCAUUUCAAUUAUACAACUGUGAGAAUGUUUUUGUUGACCUUUAUCCCUUUCCCUUCUAUUAACAGAGGGUUUAGAUAUGUGAAUUUAACACCACUGAUGAGUUCAGAUCAGCACUUUGCAGUUGCAUGUUCAGUUGCUUACUGUUGGGCAUUCUAGGAGUGGUGCCUCUGACUCUUGCACUUCUCUGGAGUUGGGUUUGCCACAGAGGCAACAAUCAAACCAUUCCACUCCUAAUGCUUGACCCAGCUGCCUCUGCUCUCUCUUUAUGGGGGGUCAAUGUUCCGAACCAUGCUUUUGCUGUAGAGGCCUCUGCUGAGAGGAUUCUGCUGGUUGUCUGAGAUAGGAAAACCCGAAUGAUUUUCAAAGCAUAACCUUACCUUUAAGAAGAAGGUACGAUCACUCAAACGAGACAGGAAAUGUGAUGCUGUUGCUUGCAUUUGCUACAAGCCGGCAAAAGUGCUGUACACAAUACUGCCUGUUGGAAAACAAGCACCUCCUAAUGGAAAGACUAACUUAUACCUAUAUAAUCUGAGUACAUUUAAUUAAAGUUUCCGAAGAGAGAAUAUCUAAGUAAUGUAAAAAUCCAUAUUAAUCAGUUUAUCAAAUUUCUUCAUUUUUUUUUCGAUCUGAGAAGCAGUGGCAGCAUGAUAAGUGAGGUAGACUGAAUAAUAACCAAGACCUGCUGGUUCAGAUGUUAUUUUGCAUUUCCGAUUUGUGAAACCUGUGUGGCUUUCUAAAAGGGGCUGGAGAGCUCAUGAACUGCUCUCCCACAAUGUGUGCUACUGAAUGUGCAUCAGACCCCCGUCUGCUCCCCAUUACAUACAAUCUACACACAAACACUGGGGGAGUAGUGGUGGACUAUCUUGAGUUCUGCCUUUUCAUAGUUUACCUUUACAAAAGACAAGCAGAAUUCUGCUGUUUCUGUUUUUUGGGGUUUUCAUUUGACCCAUAACCAAAUGUUUAGCUUUGUAAAAAUGAACUAGAAACUUAUGUAAAUAGACUGAAGUUAUGUUUGAUGGCAGUUUUUAACUUGCUUCUCACCUCACCAUUUGAUUUUGUUUUUGGUUUGCACUACUCUUCCAAGAAAAGAUUCUAAAAUGAGCAAACUAGGUGAUGUCUGUUGGAUACCCAGUUUGUUGUGUGGUUAUUUUUUAUGAAUUUUUGGAAAAUACCAGUAAUCUUAUCACCUUUGUCUCGUUCUCAGAUGGAAUCAGUUUCUUCUACUCAUGGUGAAACAUGUUUUCUUGUGUGGGUAAAAUUGCCAUUUAACUUGGAUAGAACUGAUAAACUCGAGAGAAUUGACAUUUCUGUAAUUGGAUCGUUGAAUUGCUUGCCAGUUUUGAUUUUGGUUUUGGUUCAGUUCUUUUGAAGGGUGAUAUACCGCUGCUAAUGGGGAUGCUCUCUCUUUGACUCCCUUCUCCUUAAGGGGGUACAUAGGGUUAUAAAAAGGACAUAUCCAUAAAAAGAGGUGUUGCGAAAAAAAAUGUGUGCUGUACAUUUACUUGAUAUUUAUUACAAUUAUUUAUGGUUGCAUUAACUUAACUUUUACUGUCUUACCUCUGCACAUCAGAAACGUAACAUAUCUAAAAUGGAUUAUACAGAUGUAAAGAAUCGAAUGGCAUUUGAGAUUUCUGUGUCAUAAUAAAGAAAUGUCUUCAUGUACAAA